AUGAAUGUCCUCAUGGCUAAUAGGCUUGAACAAACAUAUACGUUCCUGGAGAGAACGCAACUCGUUGGAAUUAUGCCAAAUGUGACUACUUAUAAUAGUUUGAUCAAGGGUUACUGUGAUUUGCAUCGUGUCAAGGAUGCCAUUGAGUUGCUUAAUGGCAUGCCUAUAGAUAAGAUACACUUUGAGAUCAUCUUGGGAAUUGCACGAGGAAUGCUCUAUCUUCACCAAGAUUCUAGGCUACGAAUCAUUCACAGGGAUCUCAUGACUAGCAAUGUUUUGCUUGAUGAGGAGAUGACUCCUAAAAUUUCCGACUUUUGUCUAGCUCGUAUAUUUGAGGCAAAACAAACUAAAGCAAGCACGCAAAGGGUGAUUGGAACUUAUGGAUACAUGUCUCCGGAGUAUGCUUUGGAUGGAUUUUUCUCAUUCAAGUCCGAUGUUUUUAGCUUUGGCAUUGUCGUAUUGGAGAUUGUUAGCGGGAAACGUAACGCGGGCUUUUAUCAGUCUGAAGGAACAAUGAGCCUUCUUACUCAUGCAUGGAAAUUAUGGAAUGACGAUAAAGCAUUGGACUUGAUGGAUCAAGUGCUGCACGAAACUUACAACAGAGAUCAAGUUUUGAAGUGCAUAAACGUGGCGCUUUUAUGCUUGCAAGAAGACCCGAGUGAUCGCCCCACAAUGUCAACUGCGGUUUUCAUGCUCGGUAGUGAAAGUGCGACUCUUCCAGUUCCGAAAAAACCGGCUUUUGCAGUUGGGAUUGGCGUUUCUACAACAGCUUCUUCCAGCAAACCAGAGUUGAGCAUGGUGUUAUCGACUACUCAGCAACAAGGACGGUAAUGUCAGAUCUUCCUCAAAUCUAUUCCACAUCUUAGUUGCCGAAAACUUUAGCCAUCCGGCAUUUGUUUAACUAGGAAUGCCUCAAUUUUUACCCCAUGAUAUUCCUUUCUCCUUCGGCAAAAUACAGUUUACUCUAUGUUGAUAGUUGAUGCUUCUCCUCGGCCUAAGACUGUACAAUACUAAUAUAGCGAAUCGGCUCCUUGAUCACAUUAAAAGAUUAUUAUCGUCAAUUGUA